AUGAUGGCGCUCCAAUUUUCGGUGACCGAGUAUCGGAGUGAUGCUGGUUAUCAGAUUGUAAAAACGUGUCUUGGUUAUUUUGAGGCGGGAUCUCGUCGUCCUUUUACCCAAUUGCAUCCCACCAAUAUUGUUCCUCCUCCGUUAGGUUCUGUUGUUUCCAAGGAACAGUUUAGUGCUCCGGAUGUUUCUGUGAUUCCGGAUGCCGUCCCUGUGUCUCCCGCCUUGGUCAGUCGUCAAGUUCACCCUCCACGAUGCAUGUUGUCCUCUCCCUGUCAAGAUUUGAAGAGAAGAAUCUUGGUCAAUGGUCACAUGAUCGAUUAUGGACCCAAGUUCCCAUUCAAGUUCACUGGAGACGACCCGCCCACGAUGGCCCCCGGAGUGUCACGACUUCGCGUGCGAAUUUGCAUAUUCCCACGGAAUGACCGACAGAAUGGUAUAAAAGGAAGAGAAAUCGCCAAUUAUGGGAGAAUUAAUUUGUGUUUUGUCUGUAUUGCCCGGUUGGUUGUGUCCAAUAAAAUCUAUUUCUAUUUGUCUAUUGUUUGUCUACGGUCAUAUCGUCUGGAGUCAAUAUCGUGA